ACAAUAUCUUUGCCGUGUUAUUGUUUUUCUCUUUACUAUGAGUUUUAUAUUUGCUUUUUUAAAACGUAUUUUGCAAAGCAUGAUACAGCUUCUGACUUUUGGCAAGCGUGCAGUAACAAACACGCUAAAUAUAUAUAUUAAAACAAAUACUGGAAACACGCUGUCAAUCGAUUUGGACCCGAAAUGGGAAAUAAAGAACGUGAAAGAAAUUGUUGCAACCGAGUUAGGACUGACACCAGAAGAAGUAAAGAUAAUAUUUGCUGGGAAGGAACUGGAUGAUUCUAUUGUAAUAGAGGAAUGUGAUUUGGGAGAACAAAGCAUCUUGCAUGCUGUGAAAAUACAGCCAUCUCCCAGAGCUGAUGGUAGCAAAGGAAGGUCGCACAGCUUGGCAGCUAAGCCGCUAAACGAAACUUUAGUGGAUCUUCAACUUAGUGGCAAAGACCGCCAAGAAAUGGUGUCUGAAGAAGACCAUGAAAAGAGACGAGCACAUUUCUAUGUGUAUUGUUCAUCUCCUUGUAAAAUGAUGAAACCUGGGAAAUUGCGGGUGCGCUGUGCAUCAUGUAAAGGUGGAGCUUUCACUGUGGACAGAGAUCCUCAGUGCUGGCAGGAUGUACUGGAUAAAAAUAGGAUAACAGGCAUUUGUGAAACUGAUGGCUGUACAGGUGGUGAUGAAGGGCUCACAUUUGCACAGUUCUAUUUCAAGUGUGCUGAACAUCCAUCUCAAGGUGAAGAUGAUGAGGCUGUUCCUUUGUAUCUUAUCAAAUCAAACAUACAUGACGUUCCAUGCCUAGCUUGCACCGAUGUUAAGGACCCAGUUCUUGUGUUCCCUUGUGAUGCAAGUCAUGUGACUUGUCUGGAAUGUUUCCAAACAUAUUGUGCAUCUAGACUGCGUGAUCGUCAGUUUUGGUCACAUCCUGAGUAUGGAUACACUCUACCUUGCCCAGCUGGUUGUCCAAAUUCCCUUAUCACUGAAGUUCAUCACUUCCACUUACUUACAACCCAGCAGUAUGCACAGUAUCAGCGCUUUGCUGCUGAAGAGUAUGUGCUGCAAGCAGGCGGUAUCUUGUGCCCCCAGCCAGGUUGUGGUAUGGGCAUAUUGGCUGAUCCUGACUGCAGACGUAUAACGUGCACCGGUGGUUGUGGGUUUGUCUUCUGCCGUCAGUGCCUGCAAGGUUACCAUAUUGGUGAUUGUGUCAUAGAUGGCGAGAGUGGAAAUGCAGGCAACAUUGGUGAUUGUCAGUAUAGUGUGGAUCCAAAUAGAGCUGCUCAGGCAAGGUGGGAUGAAGCAAGCAAAGUUGUUAUAAAAGUGUCAACAAAACCUUGCCCAAAAUGUCGUACACCUACUGAGAGAGAUGGAGGCUGCAUGCACAUGGUUUGCACCAGGCCAAAUUGUGGCUUCCACUGGUGCUGGAUCUGCCAAACUCCAUGGUCAAGAGAGUGUAUGGGAAACCAUUGGUUUGGAUAGCACUUCAACAGGUGCCAUACAGUGUUUAUGGUGCAUAUCCUUAGUGUGUCUUCAGUUGUGAUUAUCAAACAUAUUUUAACCCUCUCUGAGAGAUGGACAGAAGUUAUUAUAUGACUGGAAAAUUGCAUUUCAUUUUAUUGACUUCUUUGGUAGAAGUCAAAGUACUACCUGUAUCAGAAAAAUAGAGAUACCCAGUACACAAAUAUUUAUAUUAUUUUACUACUUUGAAGAAAUUAAAAUAAUGGUAAAAUUGUUUGUCCUUGUAUCUCUUUUUCAACUUCUACAUUAACAGAAAUGUGUUGUCAAUGUUAAUGUACCAUUAAAACAAAAUAUUUGUAAUUUUCCUGUGAUAAUUGCAAGACUGACAAUUCUUUCAUUAAAGAGGAGCUGAAAAUAAAAUGUGAUAUUUACUAAAUAUCUGCAUGUCU